AUGCUCCAGAAGAAUACGAUCACCUUCACUCCUUCUCUACCGAGUUCGUAUACCCAGGCAAUCAAUAAGUUCAUCAUUGGCAAUGGGUUCAAGGUCUGGAUUGAGUACCAAGCCGGUGCAGAAUACAAGGAGUAUUUCACCCACACAACUGAUUUGGCCAUGUACAGAACGUCGUGGGAUGUGACUUCUCCGGCCAUUGCUGCAGAGGCUGGAUACCGACUGUUUUGGAACGAAGGAUAUCCGUAUGGAGCCAGUACCAAAAUUGUGGGUGGCCUCAUUUAUGGCAAAGCAUACAACGAGUAUGACGGCUUGUCAUCGGAACAGAAGAAGAAGAAGAUUGCGGAACACUUGGAAAAAGACGGCAUGGUGUAUGGAACACCAACCGGCAGAUGGACCGUCAUGGAUUGGAAGGAAGAAGACUACAUUGAGGGUGCCUAUACCAUAUUUGCGAAUGAGGCCGACCAGUCAACCUUGUUAGAUCCCAUUUCAUCCAAACUAUACUUUGCUGGAGAAGCCUUAAAUGAAUGGACAUGGGGUACGGUCCAUGGAGCCGCUAAAACCGGAAGGGAUCAAGCGAAGAAAAUUGUGGCUGCUGGUGAACGUCGCCGCGAGUAA